AUGGAUAGUAAAGACCAGUCUGAUAAUCCUGCCAAUGAUACUACCAGCCCCUUCUACUUACAUCCUGAAGAAAAUCCAGGAUCAACACUUAUUUCUCAAGUCUUGAAUGAGACCAAUUAUUCUUCUUGGAGCAGAAACAUGAGAAGAGCCCUCCUCUCCAAGAAUAAGAUCAAAUUUAUUGAUGGGUCAAUCAAGAAACCCAAAAAAACCGAGACCUUAUUUGAUACAUGGCAAAGAUGCAAUAUGAUGGUGCUCUCAUGGAUCAUAAAGACACUCUCUCCACAAAUUGCUGAAAGUGUGAUAUACGUUGAAGAAGCCAAGGAAUUAUGGGAUGAGUUGAAGGAAAGAUUUUCAAAAGGAGACUAUUUCAAGAUUUCAGACCUUCUUCAAGAUAUACACUCAAUCAAACAGGGAGAAAGAAGUGUUAACCAAUUUUUUACUGAUUUAAAAAUUCUUUGGGAAGAAUUGGAAUCACUUAGGCCCAUACCCAAUUGUACUUGCAAGAUUCCUUGUAGUUGUGAACUCUCAAAAAUUUCUCUAAAAUACACGGACAUUGAACAUGUUAUAUGCUUUCUGAAAGGGCUAAAUGACAACUACAACACUGUUCGAACUCAGAUUUUAUUGAUGGAGCCUCUGCCAAGCAUAAAUCAUGUCUUUUCCCUCAUUAUGCAGCAGGAGAGACAAGAAAGACCUGGUACAAAUCAGUUUGCUGAGACAACCAAGAUUUUAGCAAAUGUCACUAACAGGAAUAACAGCUGGAAAGGUGACCAACCAUGGAAGAACCAAGGCCGUGGUUCUGGACCAUAUGGACAAGGAAGAGGCAGAGGAAGAAAUCCAAAUCAUGGAAAGCAGUGUUCCUACUGCAACAAGAUGAAUCACACUGUGGAUGAAUGCUACUCCAAGCAUGGCUAUCCACCAUGGUAUAAAAAGACAGACAACAAUCAAGAAAAGAAGGGAGGAUGGAAUUCGGCAAAUAUCUACCAAAGUGCACCUGGACCAGAGACGUUUCAAACAGGCAGCACGAGUACAACCUUCAAUUCUCUUACAUCAGAACAAAUUGGAAAGCUUCUCAGAAUGAUUGAGAAAGCUGAUGACUCUACACACAAGAUUAACCAGAUGCAUACAAAUGAAAAGGAAGAUAAACCAGGUACGCUGUCUUGGAUCAUUGACACUGGGGCCACUGAUCAUGUGACCUAUAAUAAAGGAAAUUAUAUAACAUUUUAUAAGAUCAAGCCCAUCACUGUUAGACUGCCUAAUAAUAUUGUCAUCACUGCUGAACAUGCAGGGACAGUUCAAUUCUCUAAGGACUUUGUGAUCUUUAAUGUCUUAUAUAUUCCUAAUUUUUCAUUCAAUUUAAUUUCUGUUCAAAGCCUUAUAAAGGACUUGGAUUGUAGACUAACUUUUUCUUCUAAGGGCUGUCAGAUAAGGAAGAAUUCUACAUUGAAGAUGAUUGGGUCAGCUAACUCUCAUAAAGGACUCUACUAUCUACAAGCUUUCUCAAAUCCUGAUCAGGAUUUUGCUUUAAAAACAGUUUUCUCUUUUGAGCAUACACCAGCGAAAGAGUUCCCCCUUUGCUCUAGAGCGUUACAUUUGGGACUUCCCCCAAUCCGCAGGAUGCGUCAGUCGAAAUUGCAGCCAUUUGGUGGCAGUGACUAUGGUUACGAAGAGGAGAAAAAGGUUUGCCUUGCUGGUGACUCACAGGUUGCGUUGCGGCUUACGUCUCAGGCGACUGGGCUCGCUCGAAGCGUAGCCUCUAGGCUAGUGCGAGGGAGAGAGAGGGAGAAAAUAUUGUGUUCGGCCGUGAUUCGGGUGGCACCUGCCGCCGACGGCGGCGACGAGACUGAAGAAGGUGGUGGCGCGGUGGUUGGAUUCGAAGAGGUGGUGGUGCGGUUGCGUAACUCUAGGUUAAUGGAGGGAGAGAAAGAAAGGGGGUUGACGGUGAUGGCUUCAGGGGACGACGUCCGGCGAUUUGACGGUGGACUACGGUGGCCGGUUGGGUGGGGACUGGUCGUGGUCGUGAUCGAUGUUUCUGGAGAAGGGGACCCUGGUCUGAGGUGCCAAUUGCACAGAAUGGGGGCAAUCUGA